AUGGUUUGGACAAAGAGUAGUAGUAUGUCCUCUGAACCCGGAUUACCAAUAGAAAAACCAAGAAAAAAUUACCAAAUAAUACAGGAGGAAGAAAUUAUGGUGUUGAAGUCGAUGUACCCUGAUAAUAUAUUAUCUUUAAAAACUGUAACUGCCUGGAAGACAUGGCAACCUAUAGAUAUUUGUAUGAUAAUUAGACCAACUGAAUCAACCAGUAGACAUGAGAUGGAUAAAAAAGAGAAUGUUAAUGGAAAAAUUGGAAUAAGUUUAGAAAAGAUAAAUAAUGAAAUAUACGUUAAAAUUCAAUUUUUUUGUAAUACUGUUUAUCCUGAUAGUGUCCCAUCAAUUAGAAUUAUUGAGUCAAAAUGUAUAGAUGAAAGAGACAAAGAAAAAUUAAUAAACAGAUUAAUUAAAAAAGCUUCUGAAAGAAAGGGUGAUCCUAUGAUAGCUGAUUUAUAUGCUGAAGCCAGUGAAUUUUUAUAUGAAUUAAAAAAACCGACAACUAAAAAUUUACAUGAAAAGAUGUUGGUAAAAGAAGCUGAAAAGUAUAUUCAAAUAUCUCGUGAAAAUGAUAUUAUUAAUAAAGCUACCUAUGAAGAAGUUGAAGCUGAAACUAAAAGAAGACAAAAAGAAAGAGAAAGUAUUCAGGAAGAGAAAGAAUUUUAUGAAAGAAAAAGACUUGAAUCAUUAAAUAAACCAAAAACAUUAGGUGCUGUAGGUGAAGGUGAAAUGAUAACAUGUUUGGAUGGGCAAAUGAAAACAUUUUAUAUACAAAAAGGUGAGGGAGAUGAAGUUAUUUCAACAAGAAGAAAAGUAACUAGUAAUCAUGUAAAAGAAUUUACAGUUAUUGAUCAAGUUUCACAGGUAUAUGUAUCUGAAUGGACUUUUCAAUGGAAAGAUCAUAGCAAAAAAAUUCAACAAUUUGGUAAAAAAAGUAAUAAUAUUCCUAACUCUCCCUCAAAAGCACAACCACCUGAUUUUGGAAACUUUUUUAAUGAUUUAAACAGAUUUAUUGAUACAGCUAAAAUGACUCUAGUUAAUGUUAACAAUACUGAUCAAUCUGUCUAUCCUUACAUUUUUUUGACAAAAAAAGAGAUUGUCAAUGAGCCAAAUCAUGUACAUUGUAAAGUCAUCGUUGGCCAAUUAAUAAAUCGAUCAGAUAGAUCACUUGAGGAUGUCUUUGAUCACCUAGAACAAUCAGAAUAUGGGAAAAUUUUAAUACCCAGAGUUGCUUGUCAAGCUGUAUGUGCCCUGAAAUGGUUACAUGAAGAAAAGUUGAUUCACGGAAGAUUGGGAUUAGAUUGUAUAUGGUUAACAUCAAAUGACUGUAUAAGAAUCAGUGAUUGGUUUGUUACUGGAAGAUUAGCUAAAUUUGCCGAAGAGUGGGAUCAUUUAGUUAAAGAUUGUAAACCAAAAUUACUUAGAAAUGGUUCUUCAACAGAGACAGAUAAUAGUAUAACUGAUUGUCAAGUUUAUGGAAGAAGUACCAAGACAGAUCUAGUUAAUUUAGGUAGAGUUCUCCAAGUAAUGUCAGAAAGGAUUCAAAAAAUAAAAAAUGAAAAAAAUUUACUUCAAGUACCACCUUCAGGUACUUUACAACAAAAAGAGGUUGACUUGAAUAAUUUUAUUCAAGAGUGUGAUAAAGUUAAAUCAAUUGAUCAAUUAUGUAAUCAUACAUUUUUGAAUCAUAAUCUUUUAACAAUGCCAAGAUCAUGGUUUCCAGGAGCUAGUAAAAAAGAUAUUGAAGAUUUGGCUAAAUUUGACAAUGACAGGUUAACAGAUUUUUUCUUAGUAUCAUACUUGGGUAAAGGUGGUUUCGGUGAAGUUUUAUUAGCUAAUAAUAAAUUAGAUGGUAAUAAUUAUGCUAUAAAAAGAAUUCCAUUAUUUUUAAGUUCUAAGGAGAUGCAAAAGAAAAUUAUUAAUGAAGCUAGAUUGUUUUCAAAAUUACAUCAUCCUAAUGUUGUUAGAUAUUAUAAUGCAUGGGUUUCAAAAUGUGUUGUGUGUAAAGAUGAUAAUAAUAAAAAUGACACAACAACUAAAACUGAAGAAAAAAAUACUUUUAAAGAUGUUGUUAGUAAUGAUAAAGUAGAGGAGAUUCAGGAUAGUUAUGCAGAUUGGGAACCAAGUUAUGCUUAUAAAGAUACUGAAUAUACAUCUACAGAGGAGAGUGAUAAUGAGGAGGAUGAUGAAGUAUCAGAAAAAGAUAAUUCUAAAAAAGCACCAAUAUCAAGAAAGUUAACAUUACCUAUUCAGACACCAUAUAAUGGUGCUUUUAGAAAAACAUCAAGAACUAUUUUCGCUACACCUCAAGGUUUAAAUAUGACGAGUCAAUCAAAUUUAAAUAGAUCUCAUGAUCAUGAUAUUGCAUCAGAAAAUGAACAUAUUUCAGAAUCUUCUGAUUUCGAAGUGUUAUUUGAGAAUGAUGAAGUUGAGGAGGAAGGAAAUUCUGCUGUAACUGAUCAUUUAUCAACAUUAAGUCAAUUAACUGUUGGAAGGAGAAGUGUAACUAGUGAUAUUGUUCCAUCAGAUGAUGUUGGUGAAUUAAGAAGUUGUGUUGAGACAUGUGAUGAGACUUCUUCUGAAAAUGGUGAUGUAAAAGAAAAUGAAAAAAGUGAGAAAACUUUUGAAAUACUUUUUAUUCAAAUGGAGUAUUGUGAAAAACAAACACUAAGAAAUCUUAUUGAUUCUGGUAAUUUAAUGACAAAUCCUGAAGAAAUUUGGAGAUUAUUUAGGGAGAUGCUUGCUGGAUUAGAUUAUAUUCAUAAAAAAGCUAUGAUACAUAGAGACAUUAAACCAUUAAAUAUUUUCAUUGAUGCUCAUAAUAGAGUUAAAAUUGGUGAUUUUGGUUUAGCAACUAUUGAUGUAAAUGGUAGAAGAAAUCAGGUACAAUUAAAUUUAUCUGAUCAUACUGUAACAUCAUCCAAUCCUGAUGAAGUUUUAUCACAAGGUGGUGGUGAUUUAACUCAUGAUGUUGGUACUGCAUUAUACAUAGCACCAGAGAUUCAUGCUGAUUCAGGUGUUAGUGGUAAACCUUAUACAUCAAAAAUUGAUGUUUAUAGUCUUGGUGUUGUUUUAUUUGAAAUGUUUUAUCGUCCAUUACCAUUAGGUAUGGAAAGAUUAGUUAUAUUACCAAAAUUAAGAAAUUCACUAAAGUUUCCAGAAGAUUUUGGUUGUGAAAUAACAACAACACAAGUUAAAAAAGCUAAAGAUGUCAUUAGUUGGAUGUUACAAAAUGAUCAAAAUAAAAGACCAUCAAUUAGUGAUUUAAUAAAAUCAGAUCGUGUACCACUAGUAGGUGUUGAGGAAAAUGAAUUUCAGGUAGCUGUUAAAGAAAUUUUAAAAAAUAAACGAUCAACAUUAAAUAAAUGGAUGUAUGAUACUAUAUUUUCUGUUGACUCACCAUUUGCCAUGAGACAUAUAUUUGACAAAAAAACUUGUUUAUCAUUAAAAGAUGUCAGUGGGCAAAGAGUGCUAGAAUAUAUAAAAAAACAGAUGUCAGAAUUUUUUUAUCUUCAUGGUUUUACACCAUAUGAUUGUCAUACUUUGAUACCAGAAUUUUCUGACAUUAAUGGAAAAAAUAAAUUAUCAAGAACUAGAAGUUAUAAAGUUGUUGAUAAGUCUGGAUUAAUAUUAAAUUUAGCUUCUGAUUUAAGAAGAAAUUUUGUACGUGUAUGUGCCAGAAAUGGAAUAGAUAAUGUUAAAAGAUUUUGUUAUGGUAAAAUAUUUAGUCAAGUUGAUGAUCUACCUGGUACUCAUCCUGUUGAAAGAAUCAAUUGUGCCAUAGAUAUUGUUGGUAGUCAGGAAUCUUCAAAUGAAUUAUCUGGAGAGUUGCUUUUUAUGAUGGCAAAUAUUCCUAAACAGAUAGUUGUUUUGAAGACAAUGAAAACAAUUUUAAGAGUUGGUGACAUUAGAUUAUAUUAUGCUAUUUGUAAACAUAUUGGUAUUACUAAUGAUCAAUUGAUAAAUUCUGUAAGAAGUACCUUGGCACAAUUUUCUAUGCAAACAAAAGAAAUUAGUCAUGAUGAAAAAAUUAGGAGAUUGUUGGUGGCAGGUUUAACUAAAACUGUUGCUUCAUCACUUCUUAAAUUUAUGGAAUCAUAUUUAUCAUUAGAUUUAAUGAAGAAUGGUUUAAUUAAACAGCUUCAAAAUUCAAGAUAUGAGGAGGUUCAAGAAAUAGCAAAAAAUGUAAUAAAUGAUCUUGUUAAAAUAAUGGAAUGUUAUGAAUCUUUAUCAUCAUCUUCUAAAAGACAACAAUCAACAAUAAUAUUUGAUCCUUCAAUGAUAGUAAAAUCAGAUUUAUAUUCAACAUCACUUUCAGCAAUUGUUUCUAUAUAUGUACCUAAAUUUGAUGGUCAUGAAAGUUAUAAACCAUGUCAUAUAAUUACCGGUGGACGAUAUGAUAAAUAUUUAGAAAGUAAAAGACAGGUAGAUGAUAAAAAACCUCUUCAACCAAUAUGUGCAAUGGGAUGUUCAAUAGAUUUAUCUGUUAUAUCAUAUCUUAUAACUAAUCAUUUAUAUAAGACAGGAUUUUGUAUACCAACAUUUUCAACUCUUGUUGGGUAUACUGAUACAAAAUCAUUAAAAAAUGAAGCAUAUAAAUUAUUAGGUGAAUUAUGGAAAAGUGGUAUAUCUGGUGAUGUAUAUCAUCAAUCAAUAUCUAAUACAGAAGAUGCCAUAGAAAUUUGUAAAGAAAGAGGUAUAAAAAAUUUAUUAUUAGUUGUUGAUAAAGAUAGUAUACUUGUAACAGAAAAUGAAGGUCUUCAAUAUGGUAAAAAUAGCCCAGAAUAUCAUGCAAUACAUCAACAAAAAUUUUCAAUAGAAGAUGCUGUUGAUUACCUUGUAACAUGUGAAGAAUAUUCAUUUGAUCAAAUAAAUAAUGGAAUAUUUCAAAAUGUUGUUGGAACACCAUCAUCAAGUGGACCAAGGAGAACAAGAAUACGAUCAAGAAAUAAUUCAAAUCAAAAUGAUAGAGAUUCUAUUGCUAUUAAUGAUGCUGGUAGAAAUACAACAACAAUCUCUACACCUUCACAUAUUACAGCAACAUUUGCCAAUAAUGCCGAUAUAAUAUAUGCUUUACCAGAGAAACCAUCACAUAUAACAAAAAGGAAGAUAGAAUCAUUUAUUAGAAAUAAUUUUAAUGAAAUAAUAAUGACAUUUUCUUCAAAACAACGUAUAAUAAUAAUAGUUUCAGAUGUUAAUACGGAUCUUCUUCGAAAUAUUGUAGCAAAUAUAGAUGUCCAUUGUAGUGCAGAAUACUUUGAUUCUGUUUAUUCAGAGAUUCUGGUUAAUUGUAAAGUUGGAAAAUCAAAAAUAAAAUCAUCAGCAGAUGUUUUGGGAAUAGAAUUAAAGAAAUAUCUUUUUACAACAAUUUUUCAAAAAGUUAUUAUACUUUGUAGUACACAAGAUGAAAAAUUCUACAAGAUUCUUUGUUGA